AUGUUUGACAAACAGUUGUUCCUUAUAUUUGUCCUGGCGCUGAGUUGCUUAGCAAACCAACGUUUUGUUGCAGCUAGGCUGGUUCAAGAUGAAGUUAAUGCUCUGGAGAAAAGUAUGAAAACAAUGGGAUCCACAUACUGGAAGUUCGAUGAUGAGAAUUGCCUGGUAGAGAUGGUAGGCAUAACACCAGAUCCACCUCAGAAUUCUGUGAAGAACAUAACUUGCAAUUGCCAAUUUCAGAACAAUACCUGCCAUGUUGUCUCCAUGGAAAUCAAGCGCUUGAAUCUUCCUGGAGUGCUUCCACCAGAACUAGUCCAGCUUCCUUACCUCGAACGCAUCGACUUUGCCUACAACUAUCUGAAUGGUUCGAUACCAGCUGAAUGGGCUUCUUUGAAAUUGACAUACAUCUCUCUUCUUGGGAACCGUUUAUCAGGGAACAUUCCAAGUCAUUUGGCCAGCUUUACCGCUCUCACUUAUUUGGACCUGGAAGUAAACCAGUUUUCUGGAACAAUCCCCUCAGAUAUCGGCAAGUUAGUUAACUUGGAAACCUUGAUUCUGUCUUCGAAUCAGUUUAGUGGAAAUUUGCCAUUGGAAUUCGCUGAGCUCAGAAACCUUACUGACUUUAGGAUAAAUGACAAUAAUUUCAAUGGAACUAUACCAGAUUAUAUACAGAACUGGAAACAACUUGAAAGAUUGGAAAUGUAUGCUAGUGGACUCCAAGGACCAAUUCCAACAUCCAUCUCAGUUUUGGUAUCAUCAAAACUGUUGAAGAUUAGUGACAUAAAUGGAACUAGUCAGGUUUUUCCCGAGCUAGGAAACAUGACAGGCCUUACGCACUUGGUUUUGAGGAAUUGUAAUCUAUUUGGAAAGAUCCCUUCAUACAUAUGGAGAAUGAGCAGGCUUCUCAUGCUGGAUCUUAGCUUUAACAUGUUAUCAGGAGAACUUCCAGGCAUCAUAACCAUACAGAAUCUGAAAUUUGUAUUUCUAACAGGUAACUUGCUUAGUGGAGACAUCCCGCAGUCAAUCUUAAUGCAAGGAAGCAAUAUUGAUCUCUCCUAUAAUAACUUCACAUGGCAAAGCCCUGGCCAUCCUGCUUGUCAUAGGGAUCUAAAUCUCAACUUGUUCAGAAGUUCCUUGACAGAAAACAACUUAGGUCGGUUACUUCAAUGCAGGAAUGAUUUCAAAUGUUCUCGAUACUGGCAUUCUUUGUAUGUUAAUUGUGGUGGAGAUGAUGUGGAAAUAAGUGGCAACAUAUAUGAAGGAGAUGCAGGAGGUGAUGGUGGAGCUGCGGAAGACUAUUUUACUGGCAACCAUCAAUGGGGCUUUAGUAGCACUGGAGAUUUCAUGGAUGACAAUGACAUCCAGAACACACGUCACACUGAAAACUUGCAAUCACAAAAUAUCCCUGAACUAUACAGAACAGCCCGCAUUUCUCCUCUUUCCCUCACUUAUUAUAGAUAUUGUAUGGCGAAUGGGAGUUAUACAGUGAGUUUACACUUUGCAGAGAUUCAGUACACAAAUGACAGUACAUAUAGCAGCCUUGGGAAGCGCAUUUUUGAUAUCUAUAUGCAGAAUGAAUUAGUGGAGAAGGAUUUCAAUGUAGAGGCAGAAGCUCUUGGAGUUCUUACACCUUUCAUCAAACUAUUUAACAUCAGUAUUAAAAAUAAUAUGUUGGAGAUUCGUUUAUAUUGGGCGGGUAAAGGGACUACACGAAUUCCCACGCGAGGAAUCUAUGGUCCCAUAAUAUCAGCUAUAUCUGUAGAUUCAAACUUCAAUCAUCGCUCAAUAGGAGGAAGUACCAGAAUUGCACCUAUUGUUGUUGGGGCUGUGGGAGCAUAUAUCAUCCUAUUGACAUUGACUACCAUCGGCUGCUAUUGCAGAGGAAAGAUAUGGAAACAAACAGAUUUGAAAGGACUAGAUCUCCAGACAGGUUUUUUUACACUGAAGCAAAUUGUAGCUGCCACUAACAACUUUGAUUCAGUAAACAAGAUUGGAGAAGGUGGAUUUGGACCUGUCUACAGGGGUCUCUUAUCAGAUGGAACUGUAAUUGCUGUGAAGCAGCUCUCAUCAAAAUCGAGUCAAGGAAAUCGUGAAUUUCUUAAUGAGAUAGGUGUGAUUUCAUGUUUGCAUCAUCCAAAUCUUGUGAAACUUUAUGGAUGCUGUGUGGAAGGGAAUCAACUCCUGCUAGUGUACGAAUACAUGGAAAAUAACUGCCUUUCUCGUGCCUUAUUUGGCCAAGAAAACUGCCAGAUAAAAUUGGAUUGGUCAACAAGGCACAGGAUCUGCAUUGGGAUUGCUAGAGGUUUAGCUUUUCUCCAUGAAGAAUCAAGACUGAAAAUUGUUCAUAGAGAUAUAAAAGGUACCAAUAUUCUGCUUGACAAAGAUCUCAAUCCUAAAAUUUCUGACUUUGGAUUGGCUAAGCUUGAUGAAAAGGAAAAAAGCCACAUCAGCACUCGAAUUGCCGGAACAAUAGGAUACAUGGCACCAGAAUAUGCAAUGUGGGGUUAUUUGACUUACAAGGCAGAUGUUUACAGCUUUGGAAUUUUAACUUUGGAAAUUGUUAGUGGGAAGCAAAAUAUUAGUUUCGAGACAGAGAAUAAGUUUUCUUGUCUUCUGGAUUGGGCUUGCCAUUGCCAGCAAAGUGGAAAUCUGAUAGAGUUAGUGGAUGAAAGGCUGGGGUCUGAAUUCAAUAAAGUAGAAGCAGAGAGGAUGAUAAAAAUAGGUCUCUUGUGCACAAAUGUUUCACCUGCAUCACGGCCAACCAUGUCUGAAGUACUGAGCAUGCUAGAAGGAUCAGCCGUCAUACCAGACCUGAACACUGAAGCAAGUCCCUUUAAAAGAGAUUUAAGGUUUAAGAUCAUAGAGGAUCAUCACAAACAAAUGCAUAACCAGAGUUCGAGUGGAAGUCAGGCUAUUUGUUCCAGGCCGAUCAGGCUGUGGCAUGGUCAAUCUUCAUCUCCCUCCGAAGAUCUCAAUGAAAUUAACAUGGAGUCCUAUUUAAGGUCUAAAGCUACAAGUAGCUUCUACAAGCCAGCAGAUACCCAUAGUUCAGCAGGCCAGACCCAGAUUUCUACAACUGUACCCCCGUUACUUGAGCCUCAAAUCUUCCAAGCCUUGAUUUUUAUCAUGCCGAUCACAAUUCCUAAUUCAUCGUUAUAUGAUCUGUACUUAAAGUCGCUUUGUGCCAACCCAGGCAAAAAAGAAGGGCGAAAUCAAGGAUAUACACGGAGAAUGAUUUCCGAGUUUCUACGGCGCUGCAAUUUUGCCAGGAUGUUGUUUUCUAAGGCCAUGAUUCUGCUAUCGGCUGUUCUAGCCUUGAGUUGGAUCGGAACACAUAAACUUGAGGCCGCCAUGCUGCCUGAAGAUGAGGUUAAUGUUCUGAAUCAAAUUGCCAGAACGAUGGGAGCUACAAACUGGACUUUUGAUGGAAACGGUUGCCAAAAGAAUGACACACCCAGGGUAGAAAGAGGAUUUGUGCCUGAGAAAAACGUUUCUUGCCACUGCGAGAACGAAACCUGCCACGUAACUCAUUUAGCAUUUAAGCGUCAGAACCUUCCAGGUGCACUUCCAUCUGAACUUGUACACCUUCCUUACCUCAAAGAGAUUGAUUUUGCAUAUAACUACCUGAGUGGUUCAAUACCAUCUGAAUGGGGUUCGAUGCAGUUGGAGAAAAUCUCUGUCUUUGGAAACCGAUUACUGGGGAGAAUUCCAAGCUCUCUGGGGAAUAUAAGCACCCUUAAGUACUUGGACCUCGAAGUAAACAACUUUUCUGGACAAGUCCCCCCAGAGCUCGGGAAGUUGGUCAACUUGGAAACUUUAAGAUUGUCCUCCAACAGAUUGACUGGAAAUUUGCCAUCAGAACUUGCUGAUCUGAAGAACUUAACAGGCCUCAGAAUAAAUGACAACAACUUGAAUGGCAGUAUACCAGAUUUCAUUCAUAACUGGAACAAACUUGAUAGACUGGAAAUGCAAGGUAGUGGACUUGAAGGACCUAUUCCAUCAUCCAUUUCUGCUUUGGAAAACUUAGAAAUUUUGAUAAUAAGUGACAUAGAUGGAACAAGUCAGCCUUUUCCUGAUCUAAGGAACAUGACGCGCAUCAAGCGAAUAAUUUUGAAGAAAUGCAACAUUUCUGGACAGAUCCCUGCAUAUGUCUGGGACAUGAGUGACUUGCGUAUUCUGGAUCUCAGUUUCAACAGUUUAAAUGGAGUACUUGAAGAUGUCAUACCCCCUGGAAACUUCAAAUUCCUCUUUUUAACUGGCAACAAUUUGAGCGGAAAUAUACCACAGUCAAUUUUGAGGACAGGAAUCACUGUGGAUCUUUCCUACAAUAGUUUCGCAUGGCAAGGUCCUCAGCAGCCUGCUUGUCGGCAACUGAGUAAUAUUAAUUUGUUCCGCAGUUCUUCAUCGGCAAACCUAGGUGAAAUUUUUCAAUGCAAGAAUGAUUUCCAAUGUGAAGAAAAUUCACACUCUUUGUACCUAAACUGUGGCGGUGAUGAUGUGACAAUAGACGGUAAAACUUAUAUAGGAGAUAGAACUUUUGGUUCUGGUGGUGCUGCAACGUUAUAUCAAAAUAAUGAUAACUGGGGAUUUAGUAGCACUGGAGACUUCAGGGACGAUGACGAUGAACUGAACUUACAGUCACGUUUUAUUGCAACUGUCCAGUCACCCAACAAUCUCUCGGAUUUAUACACUACAGCACGCCUUUCUCCUCUUUCGCUUACUUAUUAUCAAUAUUGUUUAGAAAAUGGGAACUAUACUCUGACUCUACACUUUGCGGAGAUUCAAUUCUCAAAUAAUGCAACCUAUGGAAGCCUUGGAAGGCGAAUGUUUGAUAUUUAUAUUCAGGAUGAGGUAAUUGAGCAGGAUUUCGAUAUAGAAGCUGAAGCUAAAGGGGUUCUUACCCCGUACACAAGAUCAUACAACGUUAGUGUAACAAAUGGUAGAAUAGAGAUCCGCUUCUACUGGGCUGGCAAAGGAACUCAAGCAAUUCCUGACAGAGGAACCCAUGGUCCACUUAUUUCAGCAAUCUCCUUGGAGAAUCCCAAUUUCAAACAUCGUGAUGCAGGGAAGAAAAAGAGUGUUGUGCCAAUCGUUGUUGGUGUCCUAGGAGCAUUUAUCAUAUUCUUGGCAUCAGGUAUCGUCUGGUGGAGAUACUAUUUCAAAGCCAAGAGCCGGCGAGAAAAAGAUCUUGAAGGAUUAGAUGUUCAAACCGUUUCUUUCACUUUAAAGCAGAUUAAGGCUGCCACCAACAAUUUUGAUUCUGGAAACAAGAUUGGAGAAGGUGGAUUUGGACCUGUUUACAAGGGCCAGCUUGCUGAUGGUACAAUAAUUGCUGUGAAGCAGCUAUCUUCAAAAUCAAGUCAGGGAAAUCGUGAGUUCAUGAACGAGAUAGGCAUGAUUUCAUGUUUGCAACAUCCCAAUCUUGUAAAGCUUUACGGAUGCUGCAUUGAAGGGGAUCAAUUGUUGCUAGUAUACGAGUACCUGGAAAAUAAUAGCCUUUCUCGAGCCUUGUUUGGCUCAGAAAAGAGUCAAAUGAACCUGGAUUGGCCUACCAGGCACUGGAUUUGUACGGGAAUAGCAAGAGGUUUAGCAUUUCUCCAUGAAGAGUCUAGACUCAAAAUUGUUCACAGAGACAUCAAAGGUACCAAUGUUCUGCUUGAUAGAGACCUCAAUCCUAAAAUAUCCGACUUUGGAUUGGCCAAGCUUCAUGAAGAGGAAAAAACCCACAUCAGCACACGAGUUGCUGGAACAAUAGGAUAUAUUGCGCCUGAGUAUGCACUGUGGGGAUACUUGACGUACAAGGCAGAUGUUUACAGUUUUGGAAUUGUGGCAUUGGAAAUUGUCAGUGGGAAGCACAACAUGACUUAUGGACCAGAGAAUAAAUAUACUUGCCUUCUUGAUUGGGCCUGUAAUUUACAGCAAAAUCGAAAGCUCUCGGAGUUGGUGGAUGAAAAGCUGGGAACUGAAUUUAACAAGGCAGAAGCAGAAGCAAUGAUUAAAAUAGCUCUUUUAUGCACAAACGGUUCACCUUCUCUAAGACCGACCAUGUCUGAAGUAGUCGGCAUGUUAGAAGGAAGAAUCAUGGUUCCGGAAUCCGUCCCUGAUCCAGGUAGUUACAGUCAAGAUUUGAGGUUUAAAGCCAUAAGAGAUCAUCAUAAGUCUAUGAAUAGUCAGAAUUUGGGAGGAAGUCAGACGAAUAGUUCAACAUCUGCAGGGUCCAGGAUUGAAGCUUCUUCUGAUUAUGCUUACGAACGCAAUGAAAUCAAUGAGUUCAAAGCCAUGGAAAGCCAGAUAUCAACAUCAGUCCCAUCAUGGGCUGGCUCUUCAACAAUGUCUGUAUCUACCCAUGAUUUUUACGACCUUCAUCCACGUUCGUAGCAUACAGAGAAACAGGCUUGCUUAGAUUGUCAGGAUUGUUCUUACCAUUUCAUUUGUUCUUCUUGUCUUUGUAGACAACCUUUACUCUUUGUAUCAUAUUUGUAUAUUAAUCAAAGACCUUGACUGUUAUGAA